UUCCACACCGGCGCGCGCUGCUCCCCCCGGAGCCCGGACUCCGCGCACCUGCUGCAGUGGCACAGCACCAUCUCACCUUACCGGGCUUUCUCCUGGCUUCUAACACCUUUUCUCUUCGGAAAUGGAGUUUCACAGUGGGAAAAGUACUAGGAUUCGACUGGGUAUUGCUGAGGAAGAAGAGACGUGUUUUAUUUGUCGUUAUAAAGCACGCGAUUCUUUGUAGGUGCAUGGAGUCGGUAUUGCAUGAGAGGUUGAGGAUUCUGGAUAACUGGAUGCCGAAGAACAACUCUCUGUUUUCGCCCUCAGAGCUGGACAUCUCUCUGCAGGAUGUCUCAAACUCUUCUCUCUCCCCGCCGCUGGCUGAUUGGGAGGCUCCCACAUUCACUCGUGCUGCACAGUUCCGAGUUGGUGCCACGCUGGUGCUCUUCUUGUUUGCAGCAGUCAGUAACCUGGCACUUCUCAUCAGUGUGUGCCAUGGACGGGGACGGCGCCUGGCCUCCCACCUGCGGCCCCUCAUCACGAGCCUGGCUGCAGCAGAUCUGAUGAUGACAUUCAUCGUGAUGCCACUGGACAUGGUAUGGAAUGUGACGGUGCAGUGGCACGGCGGUGAUGGUCUUUGCAAGUUGCUUAGCUUCCUUAAGUUGUUUGCCAUGCAGGCCUCUGCAUUCAUCCUGGUGGUGAUCAGUCUGGACCGACAGCAUGCCAUCCUGCACCCUCUCGACACCAUUAACGCACACCGGCGCAACAAGAGAAUGCUGGUGCUGGCAUGGAGCCUCAGCUUGCUCCUCGCCUCCCCACAGUUGUUUAUCUUCAGAGCAAUCAAAGCCGAAAAAGUGGAUUUCACACAAUGUGUGACACAUGGGAGUUUCCGAGAGCGAUGGCAGGAGACAGUCUACAACAUGUUCCACUUUGUCACUCUCUACGUUAUCCCACUGCUAGUCAUGAGCUGCUGUUACACCCGCAUCCUCGUCGAGAUCAACAGACAGGAGCACAAAAAUAAAGCGGGGGAGUCAUGUCUCCGGCGCAGCCGAACAGAUAUGAUCCCUAAAGCAAGAAUGAAGACGCUGAAGAUGACCAUAAUCAUCGUCCUGUCAUUCAUAGUCUGCUGGACUCCAUAUUACCUGUUGGGGAUCUGGUACUGGUUCCAACCAGACAUGCUGAAGGUCACUCCUGAGUAUGUCCACCACCUGCUCUUUGUCUUUGGUAACCUGAAUACCUGCUGUGACCCAGUAAUCUAUGGCCUGUACACGCCGUCUUUCCGUGCUGACCUUGCACGCUGCUGGGGCUGCCGUUCAACUAGCGACUCUCCUCGCUCUCUUGAACGACUCUCCGCCCGACAGGGGCCUCACAGCGCAGAGCAGGAGUCCGAUCCUGCCAGUGUCAAAGGGGCUGAAGGGUAAAAUAUAUAUAUAUAAACACCUGAGAGGUAAACUUCCAAAUCGCUCCACAUACCCUCAAGCAGAAGUGCAUACACUGAAAUAGGUAAGAAAGUGCACUGAGGGUGGAUUACAAGGGAAGCAGUGUUUUUAUUCAGAAAUGUAAUUUAAUGUCAUGUCAAGAGUCAAGAGUUGUUAAUUUGUCAUUUGCACAGUUACACUGGGAACACUGGGCAUUGAAAUGCUUGUGAUGAGGCUCAGAUUUAGACACUGACAGAACAAACACAUAUUUGGACAUUAAGGUUGGGAUGAUGCUGUUAUGUGAUGGUAAAUGAGACAGUGGUGUACAAUGGCAGAGUAAAGUGAUGUGUGCUAUGUAAAAUUGUUACAAUGGUAGAGUAAAAUGUAAUGUAAUGAAAUGCCCUUGUAAAAAUGUAUAAUGUCAGAACAGAAAUACUGUUAUCUGAUAAACUGCUCUUACAAUGCAUGCAUUGCAGCAAAUACAUCAGCAUUACAGCUGAUUUCUGUGAUGCUGCCAGGUACACUGCUGAUACUUUAAACUUUAGCAAUAGCUUACAUUUUACAACAGCACUGAGUGAUAUUUCUUGCUGCAAGUCUGAGUCUCUGUGCUACUCUUUAAAGAACAAAUCUUGCAUAAUUUCAUAGUUACAUAAUGGCAUAAUUAAGUUUAAUAAGCUUGCACAGUCUGCACAGAGACCACAGUGACUGAUUAACAGGGAUAAAGUGAGUUUAAAGCCCGAACAGUACUCUGCCUCUGCAGACUGCAGGCUUUAGCUCAUUUUGAAAUUUAAUAGGAAUCUGAUUUCACAUUGCACCACAUUGAAACUGGCUUAGCACAGAAUUAAAUGGAGAUUUUGUACAAGUCUAGAUAAACCUCAUGGUCUUCAGAGAGCAACAAGUACGCUUAUUAAUGCUUUGUGAGUUGUGAGUUUGGUAUGUUUGGAUUCUGGAUCAAUGUAUGCAGUAUGAGAAACAGAGAGAGAUGUUUAUAAGUGUCAGAAUAUGUUAAAUACUUUGAGACAGUGAUACAUCAAUGUCUUAUCAGCAAUAGCGCCAAGGUCUAAUCAACAGAGCUGCAUUCACUUGCAGGUCUACAGAGGCACACUGCCUGCUUUGUCACCCAAUGUGCACAUUAAAGACAACAGAACAAUAAUCUGAGGAAGAGGAGUUGUACACACACAGUUUUCCUCCAUCUCAGUUUGUCUGUUAUGGAAUAUUGACUAACACUCGUGUUAGAUUAAGUAGGAGAGAACAACUCCAAAGCUACAAUGUUUCCUGAUACUACAAAAUAAAAGAGGAGUUUUUAUUUAGACGCUAAGAAGUACACAGUGGUAACUGGAGUGGGGUUUCCUCCACCAAGUCUGUUAUUUUUUUCAAAUGCAUCAGUAGUUAUUUGAUAUUGGAAAAGAUGAGGAAAAAUAUGAAAUAAAGCAAUAACAUGUAAUGAAGAUUACAUGUUAUUUACAUGUUAAGUCCAGGCUUUAAUCGACAUUGACUUUAUGCCCAAUAUGCUUCUUUAUUUCACUGUUGCUUGCAGCGAGCACAGAUUAAUCAGCCAGUGAAAGAAAAUUACACUAGCAUCUUCAUCAAUGUUGAAUAUUAAUGGUGAAAAAGGCAGAGCAUAUUCUUUGGUAUUUCUGCUAGCAUGUUGUCCCUGUGAACAUCAGGACAGGGAGAGGAGACUUUUUCACUUCCACACUGAGGGUGAUGCGGUGAUGCAGUGUCUGUCAGGCUUCUCAACAAGCUCGAAAAGCUCGAAAACUCUGCUGCUUCAUGUUCUCUAAAGUUUUGCACUCUCCAAACAAAUUAAAUCCAAUGUCAUUUUCAUUUAGCCAGCACGACUGCAUACAGGCAAGAACGAAACAGACUAUACACCUACUCUAAACUGUCACAGUUAUAAUCCAACAUGUAUUUUAGAGUUGUCCUGAUAUAAGGAAUUAAUGCACACCUGGCAACCAGUCAUUUCUGUGGCCAUGUACAAGAUCUGUGGCCAUGUACAUAGCUUGUACAAGAUAUUUUCAUUUUGUUGCCAGUGACUAAAAAAUGAAAUGAAAGGUAAGAGUGAAGCAAUAAAGCAUUACACAUGAGAAUGUAGUGAAAUCCCCUGCAUUAGUUUACCUCCUAAACUCAGUCUUGCCCACAAACUCAGUAAGGAGAGAUGCACCUUAGUUACAAUACAGCACAACCUGCAUAUACAACACAAACGGUACAUUUUAUGUACAGCCAUGCACACAAGUACAUACUAUACAAACAAACAUGAUAUCAGUUGUUUAUGGGAAUGUCAUGGGAAGCUGUGUAUUUCUGUGUGAAAAUUACUGAAUAGCUUAUCUGAAUUAAUUAAACUCAUUUUCAGGCUUGAGUCUCAGUGGAAUUUUCCCUUUUCCAUGGAUGGUUAAAGCAGGGAUUGUGUCAGGAUUAAUUCCUACUGUGAGCUGUUACAAGCUAACACAUGCAACAAAUGUUCCUCUACGUAAUAAAUCAGGGAAGUCAUUGAGUCUCUAAAGGAUGUCAGCAUCUUUCAGGAUUGAGAUAUCACCAGAAAGUAUGUCACAUUCUUCCAUGAGCUCACACAAACACACUCACACACACUACAGAACACACACACGGGGUCUGCCUCUGUAGAAAGGUCCCCUAAAGGAUGUCAGCAUCUUUCAUGAUUGAGAUAUCACCAGACAGUAUGCCACAUUCUUCCAUGAACUUCUACACACACACACACACACAUACAAACACACACACAUGCACAUACUCUACAGAACACACACAUGGGGUCUGCCUCUGUAGAAAGGUCCCCAGGGUCCUGCUGGCUGCCAUGGCAACACUUAAAGUCAAUGUUGUUGGUGUGAUGAAGAUUUCUGUAUAGUGUGGCCAAAAGAAAAGCAAUUACUGCAUGUCAUCUCCCUGGUUUUGAAGGUAGAACUCUGAGCAAAUGAAAAAUACAGUCUUGAUCAGAUGUGAUGCAGGUGAUGUGUUGCCUGAAUUGUAAUGAGACUCAAUACAUCUAUUAAACAUAUAAUGCUGUUUUAAAUCAGCCCUCAUUCAUCAAAGUUGAGCUUGGCCAUGGUUCUGGUUUGUCUGUACUUAUGGUCUCACUGGUCUCAGUGAGUGUAAAACUGAGCAUAACAUUUUAACAACCUGAAAACCUUGUUUAUGCUUUGAGUGAUUGAGCAUUCAGCUUCUCCAUGACAUGAGCAGCAUUUCAGAAAGAUGCAGAUUCAAAUGUCUUGGAUGAAGCGUGUGCUAAACCCUGGUGAUAGGAGAGAACUAGCAAGUGGUUGUUAAUUAGCAAAUGACCUUUGGGAGAAAUGGGUUGAAAAAACUCCUGGAACUUCACAAAGUCCAUGAUGCCCAGUAUCCUAACAAUGUUCACAGGGUCUUUGGAGGAAAAAAGCACCACAACAUCACAGAUCCUCCACCAUAAUUAACAGUAGGGAUUAGGUUAAUUUCUGUAUAAUGAUCCUUCUUUUUCCCCAAAAAACCUUCCUUAGUGUUUGUGUUUGCCUGUCUAACCAUCCUCCAUACUGUACCUAAAGGCAAAAUACACUUUUGUCCUCUUCCAGACAUCUUCACUGAAAUGUUUUUUCCUUCUCUCCAUCUGCUUUUACACUUAAUCAGAUGUAGCCUGUUGAAUGAUUCAUUUUGGAGACUUACUUUCAUAACACCUGCAUAAAUUAGGGUGGGUUUCAUCUAAGUUAUACAAGAGUAAAUUUGGGUGUGUUAUAUGAUGUAUAAACAAGGGCUGGGAGCUUACUAGCUCACAACUGCACCAAAAGUCACUGUUCAUUUUGACAGUUAAUGAGUUAAAUGCAGAUUUGUUCAUACAUCCUUCCACGCACUCAAAUCUGCACUCGUUUCUACACAACUUUGAUGAAUAAGGGCCACUGUGCAUAUAAUUUAAGGCUUAUGCUUCAAGGCCCAAGGCUCAUGACUUUGGUUCCUUCAGGCUAAUCAUGCUCCUAGAUCAUGAAUUAUUCAAUAUCCAUAUGAAACUAAACCAACUGAGAUUCUCAGGCUAUGAACUACCGUGUGUAAAAGUGGAUCUGCCAUGCAUACAUUUGCAUUGUAAAAUCCUGUUUGAUUUUCACUACUAAUUUAAACUUUAUUGUCUAUUAAUUCUUAAUGAAAAUCUGCCUUUGCCUUCUUUUUGUAGCAUUACUGGAGUGGGGGUGUGCUAAAGGAAUAUAUAAUCAAUAUAUAAUUAGAGGAAGACAGCCCAGAGGCUAUCUGGAGGAGCUGCAUUGGGUCUUUUGGCUAUUUAAAGGUUUUAUUGGCCUGAAGAGGAUAUUAUAAAUCCUCAUUUACCAUUUUCCUUCUGGUAUUGUCUGGAGCUUUACCAUUGAUUGAUUUGCAAGCAGGUAGCCAGACCAGAACAUUUUGAGAAGAUGCUUUCCUCAUGGUCCCUGAUGUCUGAAACUGAUGCUCACGGUUCACUUCAGUCUCAGUGUAGCUGUAAUCGUUCUCCAGCAAGCAGUGUGGACGUAUAUUGUAAUUAACUUUUAAUUUAGCUUUAUAUUUUAUUACAAACAUACACUGAAAAGAUUUUACCCUUACCAAGAGACCAUCCUUCCAAUUUUGUUUCCUAAGAGGAAUACUGAUUUACAUUAGACAGAGAAGCUUAUUCAACUUAUGGAACUAAUUACAUUUGGCUUUUGGACAAUUCUGCAUUAAUUCUUGAAGACAUUGAUUCUCUGUUGUUGACAGUGACUGGCAUACAGAUGGUGGUUCUGUGACUAUUAUUCCUGUAUUCCUGACCUUUAUUCAUUCAGCACAAUGUCUUAACAUGUAAAACAAUGCAAUUACGGACAGGGGACAUGCAUUUCUUUCUCUGUGCACACGGGGUAGACUGAUAUUGAACCAUACCUAGGCCACACAGGACUUAGUUAUGCCUGCUGCAAUGAGUUGAGUUUGUUUUCUUAUGAAGGAUAACAGUUUUGUACUUUUCAUUGAGUGUGUUUGUGUGACUAAUAAAAUGUACACAUUGCUGAUUUUUUUCUAUGUAUUUUCUUGUCAGAAAUUGUCAUUAUUGUGUUUUAUGGUCUGAAAACCACUAAAGUAGCACAGUUUGGCAUAAUAAAUA